AUGCAGACAGGUAAGAAGACUGGACGGACGCACACUGGGAAUGUGUCGAGAGAUGAGAAACGCGCCGAAUCUCAAGCUUUAGCAUUCAAAGCUGAUCAAGGGAGCAUAAUUAGUCACUCAUCAGUGAAUGCCUCAUAUCGGAGCUCAGAGGCUGUACGCGAUAUAAUGCAAACUAACAAUGCGAAAUCAAUGCGGUGGAGCAACAGCGAGGAGACAAUAGACAAAACUGAUGGAGAGUCCAGUUAUUCAUCAUUUAGUUCAUCGUUCUUCAAAACUGAAUUCGGCAGUGGGGCUCAAAGCAGUGACUCUAAAAAGGAUUUCGGAAAAGAAGGAAAAAAGAGUGCAUUCGAUAACGGCCACGGAUACUGGUCAGCAUUCGAAACGGAACAGUUGAAAAACAGUGCUAUAAGAAAAAUGGAACCACCAUGGAUGGAACACGUUUGUGUUACUUCGGAAUUGAUCUAUAAAUAUCAGAUUCUUACAAAGAGCAUGGAUGAAGUACUGUCGGGUGACAAACAUAAAAUAAAAACCCUUGAACAGCCAUCAUUGGUGAAUGAGCAGUUAAGUCAGCUUUAUUUGGACCUUCAGUUGGAAGGCGUCGCAGCAAGAUUGACACUUGAAGAGGGCAUUACCAGUUCAAGUAGUUCUGGUGAAGAGUCUAUUGCCAGAGCAUCAAAGGGCCAUAGAAAGAAGCGGGAGUACAGCAAAUUGAUGAUGAUAUACGAAGAGAACGCACCACUUCCACCUCCAGACACACCAUCCGAGACAUCAACCUCUUAA